CCUAGUUGUCACCCUAAAACAGGAAGUGGGUUAUUCUCCAAGGGAAUUCAUCGGGUGAAAAUAAAGGAGAGGGAAAAAAAAGCCGAAAAACAUUUAGUUUGGAUACAUUUAAAAAUACAUACUGAUACAUUUAUCCGCAUUACAUAUAAAACCAGCUCUUAGAUUCUCCUUAAGUGGUGUCAUCUAGCUUAAUAACUAGUAACGAGACGUAUUACCUCUGUCACAGACAGGAAUCUUGAUACACCCAAUACAGGAUGACCUCGUCUACAAGCAGAGCUGUAAAUCAGUAUAGAGAGAUCAGCCAACAAGGACUGCAAGACCUGCAAGACAUUCGUCAGUCCUGUUAUUUGGAUAAUGAUAGGACCCUGUAUUACGCAGCUGUGGUGUUCCUGAUGGCUGGGUGGCUUUCAUGUGGUCCAGCAACUAUGAAGGAAGGAUGAUUCCUGUCUCCAUAAAUUCAAUGAGGAAUGAACAGGAGACAAUUUCUCUGCGAAACAUGAAGCCGUCUCUCAGAUCGGUUGUGAUAGUGGCAGCAGUAACUGCCAUAAUCUUCUUGGGGUUCAGUCGGAAUAAAAUACAGGUCCCUAAAAUGAACAUGCUCCAGCUAUGUAACUGCCAACCACAAACAGAAUGUAGCGUUACGCAGCCCAUCCCGGCACCAAUGGAAACCGAUGAUGAAAUUAAAGACUUUUUCAGUAAAAUUGACACACUUAUUCCCAAGGUGUCCAUUGACAACAUAGAAAAGGCAACCAGCGCGAAGGAGACCAAAGUGACUGUUGUUAACCGAAAAGACGAUUAUUGUGUGGGGGACCUACUGCUCGUGAGGGUCGAUGCAUACGAUUAUUCUGGAGCCCCAAAAACAUAUGGCGGUGAUUAUUUAAGAGCCAGGAUAUACUCACCUGACACGAACAGCAGUGCUAGCGGCAGUAUACAAGAUUAUAAUAAUGGGACGUAUUUAGUAAAAUUCACCUUAUUUUGGGAGGGCACUGUGCACAUAUCUAUAGUCCUAAUGCACCCAAGCGAGGCCGUCUCUGCCUUAUGGCGCGGCAGGAACCAAGGCUUUGCCAAUAUUAAGUACACUGGAAAUUUCACAAGUGCUACAAGCUUCGUCAACAGUGAAUGUGGGUUCCAUCUUGACACCCAGGAGGAGGUCUGCGCCUACAUCGAUAAAAGGGAUAAAGAGGCUUUUUAUUGUGCUAAGCCCGAAAAUUACCCUUGUGAAGCCCUGACCCAUAUGAAUUCCGUCAACCGGGAUCAUUCCUAUCUUACGGAGGUGGAGCAGCUUCUUCUUAACAGGUCAAACAUUGGGUUGGAAGUUUCAAAGCCUAUAAAACAAAUCAAAGUUGCCAGCUGUGGCAGGAAACUGAAGGAACCCACUGAAAAGUGUAGCCCGGGAUCCUACUAUCCCAUCCCAAGUGGAUAUUUCUCAUACAAUGUGUGGAGGCCCAUCCACUGUAAGAUGACACAAUUCACCAACAAUGAUACGCUGAAAGACUUUCUCAAGGGCAAAAAGCUGUUCCUCAUGGGGGAUUCUACAGUUCGCCAAUAUAUAAGACACUUUGCAGAGAAUAUUAAAAUUGUGGAUUACUUCAAUCACACGGAAGAUGAGAUGCAGUCCUGGCAAAAGACUCUUCUGGCCGUUAAUCUGGAAAAGUUUAUCUACGUCCAGUGGAAGAAACACACUUUUCCAUUUGUCAGUAAAACCUUCUACUCCAUCAAAGAAGAUUCCUACAUGGCCCGCCAGAUAGACCUAGUUGGCGGAGGAGAAAACACAAUCAUCGUUCUUACUCUGGGUCAACAUUUCAGGCCUUUCCCCUUUCGAACUUUCAUCAGGUCGGCAAUCAAUGUCCGGAGAGCGAUAGAGCGGCUCUUUAUUCGUAGUCCACGCACCAGAGUGAUCAUAAAGGAGGAGAACGCCCGUGACAUGGACAUCGAUAUGGAACGUUUUAGUGACUUCCACGGCCAUGUCCAAUAUCUGGCACUCCGAGAGAUUUUUCAAGGGUUGAACGUUGGGUUUGUUGAUGGCUUGGACAUGACCAUUGCCUCUGCAUGCAAUGUUAUCCAUCCUCCCUUGGAAGUUCUGGAGAACCUUAUCAGCAUGUCCUUUACACAAGCUUCACAAAAUGGAACUUCCCCUUUGUAGUCCCGUCGUACGUGUUGUACGUCACCGCGCUUUGUGCAAUCAU